CAAAAAGGUCGUCUCUUUCCUCACAGUGCCACUAACCCAGUGAGCGUUACGCAGCUAGAGCCUAGAGGGAGUACCAAGCCACCUCGACUCAGUGAGUCAAUUGGAGCUUCUUCAUCAGCUCCACCGGGUCAAGCCUUCGACUCUCUUCCGCUCUCUCUCAGGCUAAGCUUGCUUUUCUGAAAAGGUAAACAGAAAAAAAUGUUUCUCAAAACUGAGUUGCAGUGGAAUGUUGUAAUCCCUGCUGAAAGCUUGGAUGCGAAGGGAUUGAUGCUCCAAAAGGCAAUUGUUAUCCGGCUGCUGGAUGAUUUUUCUAAGAGAAAGGCCACAAAGGAUCUCGGAUACCUUCUUGCUCUCACAACUGUGGAGAAAAUAGGAGAGGGAAAAGUCAGGCAGCAUACUGGGGAUGUGCUUUUUCCAGUCACCUUUAGCGCCAUCUCCUUUAAGCUUUUCAGAGGAGAGAUCUUAGAGGGAGUAGUGCACAAGGUGCUGAAGCAGGGAGUUAUAUUGAGAUGCGGUCCCAUUGAGAAUGUAUAUCUCUCUUCUUCGAAAAUGCCCGAUUACAACUAUGUUCCAGGGGAGAAUCCUAUCUUCUUGAAUGACAAGAUGUCUAAGAUUGAAAAAGGUGUCACGCUGCGUUUCAUUGUCAUUGGAGCUAAGUGGCUUGAGGCAGAAAGGGAAUUUCAGGCAUUGGUUGGCUUACAUGCUGAUUAUCUAGGACCAGUUUCUUAGUGUGAUUCCCUUCUACUUCUGUGAUCUGGAAGGAUGCUUCCAUUUUUCGAACCUAGUUUAACCAAGCUGGCUGUUGGUGGCUGUAUUUUGUGUUGAAUUACUACUUCUAAGUUAUCUUGUUGGCCUUGACAGUCUGCAAUUGUUAUGUUAAUAUGGUGUCAAUGACUUCUGUUCUUCCUUAUUCAUGACUAAUGGUAUCCCUCUGCUUAAUCGAGUUUGCUGUUACAUA